GGGGGCGGGGCCGAGAAAAGGCCUUCUGAGGACGGGGGCUGGCGAGGCUCACGCCGGAGGGCUUCGCGUCUGGAGAAAGCUGUUUAGUGUCCCGUGGCAGCGAAGGUACCGGUGACCAUGAGAGCUCUGCGGCUGCUCAGAACCUCCUUCCUGUGCUGCCUGCUCUGGGCCUUUUGUGCCCCAGGUGCCAGGGCUGAGGAGCCUGGGGCCAGCUUCUCCCACCCCGGCAGCAUGGGCCUGGAUAAGAACACAGUGCACGACCAAGAGCAUAUCAUGGAGCAUCUAGAAGGCGUCAUCAACAAACCAGAGGCGGAGAUGUCUCCACAAGAACUGCAGCUCCAUUAUUUCAAAAUGCAUGAUUAUGACGGCAAUAAUUUGCUUGACGGCCUAGAACUCUCUACAGCCAUCACUCAUGUCCAUAAGGAGGAAGGGAGUGAACAGGGACAAAUGAGCGAAGAUGAACUGAUCAAGUUAAUAGAUGGUGUUUUGAGAGACGACGACAAGAACAACGACGGAUACAUCGACUAUGCCGAGUUUGCAAAGUCACUGCAGUAGAUGGGAUUUGGCCGCCUCCUGGUUAUAUGCGAAUGUGACCCACUGUAAUGUGACUGGACACUUCUGGUAAUGCAAAAUAACUCAUUUCCAAAGCACUGCUACGGUAUUUUGGGAAAAAUCUGUAGCAAUUUGUUAACACUGGGGUGAGAAAGAGGAAUCAAGAGAAAUAAAAGAGGAAAAAUGGGACAUGUUGUGGUCCCCAAGAACUGUUAAAUCUCUUAUUCGACAAGGGCUUGAUUAAAGAAUCCUUUUAAGAAUAUUGGCUAUUGGAGCUGAGCACUCAGGAACUUGACGGAAGAGUACUUCCAGGCUCUUGGUUUUAAUUCAUGCUACUUGAAAAGUAAGAUGAGCUUUGCUAACUGGACACACUUUUCAGUAACAGUGAAGGAGUGGAGUGAAUGCCAAAUGUUUCCCCUACUGGGUCCUGUUUCUUCAGGUAAACGUGGUCAGUAGCCUGUAAAGUGCUCUUGGCCUAAAGAAUAACUUGCUCUGGGCACUUUGGAAAUGACACACCACUGACCUAAGUCAUUAACCUUUUUCAGUUUUUCAAUAUCUUAUAAAACUACUGCCACAAUCUUAGACUUUCUUUCUUUCAUGUCUCUUUCAACCUAGGAGAGACCUCAAAUCUAAAAGUGUUCUCUACUUCUAAUCAUUAGCAAAUGUUUUAGCUUUCUAAAUAUUUAUAUUUAACUCUCAUUUCUAGGGUUUUGUUUUUGCAGUUUAGAAACUAUUAGGAAAUGUAAGGACUUUAUCCCUUCUGCUUGAUACAGCAGGGAUGAACUAGUAGCCGGUCUAGCCUAAGUGAGAAGUGAAGAGAUUCUUUACCAGGCACAGUGAUCAACCUGAUACACAUUAGAUUGAGAAGUAAUGUUUAAAUGACCUCAUCUAGCCUGAAUACAUGAAUUCUUUCAGAUCAGGAAAGAUUAGAAAAAGAAGCCAAAAAACUCUUAACAGUGUGAAUCUCAAUAGUAAUUGAAAUGAGAAGCAGCAACAGGUUUAUUGGCUGUAACGGAAAGGCUGUGAUAAGAAACCUGAAAUGAUGGUUGAAUGGGAAAAAAAACUGCAUAAAAUUUGCUGUAAGCUAUAUAGAGACUUAUUUUCUUUCUUAAAAUAUUCUUAUAAGAAAACAUAUAAGUAUUUGUAAAAAUGGUUUCCUGUGGCAAGUAUUUGUGCAAUCAAAGCUGAGUUGUAAACUAUUCUUGUAAUAUCGAGUUAUUUUGAAAGAUUUAUAUAAUGAAUUCUGGAUAUAUGACCAAUAAAACUGAAGAAACAAAA